UUGCCUCAAUAAAAAAACAAGGCAUAGAUUAAUUGACUGAAAUGCCCAAAAGAAGACAAGUACAAACUGACAAUGAUAUUCUUGUGGAUUGGAUCAUAAAUGAUUGGAACAUGCUAACAAUCAUAGCCGUUGAAUCUCAUCUCUACAAAUCAAACGACAACCCCAUCACCAUUCUUGUCUUUGUCUUCUUCCUUCCUUCAACCCCAUCACUGGCCGGCAUCCCAACAACGUUGUAAUAAACUUAACACUUUUGGUGUUGUCGGAAAAAAGAGACAAUUUGGAGUUGAAAAUUGAAAUCAAACGCUACAUGUUGGUGUCUUUCUUUGUAAUUUAAAUGGGGUUUCGUCGUCGUCGACGCUUAGUUUUAUUUGGAGUUGUGUUGAUUGUUCUUUUUUCUUCAUUUGUAAAUGGAAAUUCUAAUGCUACACAGAUUCCUAUAACUCCUAUCAAUCAUGAUCUUUAUCAUACAAGGUAAAAAUUUUGAGCCUUUUUGGUUAUUCAAUUUAAUUUUGUGAUCCAAUUUGGGUAGUGAUUUUUGGUAAUUAGGAUUCUUGAAUGAUGUUUAUUUUGAUGUAAGUAGGCUAGCAUAUUAAUUAUAAGGUGGGGGAAUCGAACACUUACUAACAAGGUGGGAGUUCAGGUAACCAGCCAACGAAAUGAGCUACUAAGAUUCCCCUGAUUAAUUAGUUAGAGUGGAAAUGAACUUAUACGGUUAUCGGUGUCAUUGAGACUGUGUGAUUACUUUCAUCUUGUUUGAAGCUGUGUUGAUUGUUAAAUGGAAAUUCUAAUGCUACGUAGAUUCCUCUUGAUCUUAUUAAUCGCCAUCUUUAUCAUACCAGGUAAUAAUUUUAGCUUUUUUGGGUGUUUAAUUUAAUUGUGUGAUCCAAUUUCGGUAGUGAUCUGUGGUAACUAGAAUUCUUACUAAAGUAAGUAGGUGAGAGUUCAAGUAGCCAACCAACUGAGCUACGAAGAUUCCUCUAAUUAAUUGAUUAGUAUGGAAAUGAACUUAGAUGGAUAUCGUUUUCAUUAAGGUUGUGCAAUUAAUUCAAUUUGAUAGAAUUUUAUUAAGAAAGAUCCCCACUUUGUGAGAUUUCACUGUGUAUGUUGUUGUUGUUAUAUUAAGAAAGGUGAUGACUUUAUUCUUUUCAUUUUGCAUCAGCGUUCUGUGUUUUCUGAAUUUAGAAAAUUUACGGGUUAAAAUGGAAAAUCCCCUUUUUUACCAUUAGCAAGAACUCGUUUCAGUUCAGGGGAGCAGAAUCAUAUCUGGAAGUGGUUCUUCGGAUCGAUCACAUAUUCUCAGCCCUGUCUUUUGGUUUCCACUCCAGGCUCCAAAAAAGGAUAGAAUGAGAUUAUUAACAUUGAAUCAUCAUAAGGAAGUAAGGUAGUCCGUGACUGACUAGUUACUUAGUAUUGGUUUGAAAUAGACCUGGAUAGAAUUCAAUGGAUAUAGAGGAUUCAUAGAGCCGACUCCAAUUGAUUUGGGAUCGAAGGUAGCUGGUUGAUUGAUAAUUUUUUCUUCUUUUACUGGGAGCGAGCUAGGAGGUUUAGCUCAAAAUGAAUUUUGAUGAUGUUAAUUAAUAUGAGUAGCUUAACAUCUUAUUCGACUGAAGUGAAUAGUUAUAGAUAUUAAUGCAUCAAAGCUGUAUAAGAUGCUCUAUUCUGUUUCCACGUGUUCAAGCUGUGGAAACAACCUCUUGCAGAAAUGCAAGUUAAGGCUGCGUACAAUAAACCCUUUUGGUCCAACCCGUCUCCGGCUAAUGGGAGCUUUAGUGCACCAGGCUGCCCUUUUUCUAUGUUAUGGAUCAAAAAAGAUCUUGCACCACUGCUUUUCUACUUUAUUUUUUUAAAAAAAAAAAACCUGUGAGGGUUUGGGGGUGGGGUGGUGGUGGUGGUGGUGGUGGUGGUCUGUGCUUGAAUUUUCAACACUGUUUUCCUUUAUAUUUAUAUACUUUGGGUAUUUGGCAUCGGUUUAUGGUAUCUUCUAGGGGAGCUCUGUUGGAAGAGAUAGAAUCGUUGGUCCAUAGACACCCAAGCAAGCUCUCUAUGGAGACUUUUUCCACUCAAAACAAAGGCUAUCAUGCAGAGAUGACUGUAGUUACUUAUUGCCGCAACAGGAAAGACUGUGAAGACAAAUCAAAGCUUAGGAUCCUUCUUAGUUUUGGCCAGCAUGCGAGGGAGCUCAUAACUACGGAGCUUGCAUUGCGGAUUCUUUCCAUUUUAAGUGAAGAGGAAUUCUUAUCCAGUGCAUACCCGCUUAAUUUAAAUAACACGCUUGAUAGGCUUGUCAUAAAGGUUGUUCCAAUGGAGAAUGUGAAUGGGCGUAAACUUGUAGAAGCAGGGGAUUUCUGUGAAAGAAGAAAUGGAAGAGGAGUUGAUCUUAAUCGGAAUUGGAGCGUAGAUUGGGGCAAGAAAGAAAAGGAUUAUGAUCCAUAUGAAGAAAAUCCAGGGACUGCCCCUUUUAGUGAGCCCGAGACACAAAUUAUGCGGAAAUUAUGUGCAUCGUUUGAACCACAUAUAUGGGUUAACGCGCAUUCUGGAAUGGAGGCUCUAUUUAUGCCAUAUGAUCACAAGAACACGACUCCGGAAGGAUUACCUUCUCAGAGAAUGAAAUUAAUGCUUGAAAAGUUGAAUCGUUUUCAACUGAAUGAUCGUUGCUUAGUUGGAUCUGGAGGAGGUUCUGUCGGGUAUCUAGCUCAUGGGACAGCAACUGAUUAUAUGUAUGAUAUUGCAAGAGUGCCCAUGUCUUUCACCUUCGAGAUUUAUGGUGAUAGCACGGCCUCGUCAAAAGACUGCUUUAAGAUGUUCAACCCCAUUGACCUCAUUACUUUUAACAGAGUUCUCAACGACUGGUCUGCAGCAUUUUUUACACUGUUCAGUUUGGGUGGAGUCCAGAUGAAGGAUCUUCAUCCAAAUGCAACUGGAUCUGGUUUCGAGAAGUGGGUUUCUAUUGAUGAUUAUCUGAACGGUUAUUUAAUGGAAAGGAAAAGUAGGUACGGGAAGAAACUGGAAGUGCUUGAGCUCGGAAUGCAGGAGAUUAGGACAUACUUUAGAUUGUUCUUGUUAUCAUCUGUACUUCUGAUGUUUAUGUUCUGUUCAAGAAUCUCAAAGAGCGGCCGGCAAAUUGUUUCUGCUAUGUCCUUGUGAUUCUGUGAUGGUAAUUCUUUGCUGCCCUUGAGAUUUAGCUAAACAUUUUUGUGAAAGCUAUAAGGUGAAAAAGGGCAUACCAAAUUUUUCUUUAGCUGUUGUAAUUUAUUCCCUAAUUUCUUUUCAUCAGUUUCUCUAUAGAAAUGGUAGAGCUUAGAAAGGCUCUUAUUUUUCAGUAAGAAGUUGUAAUGUUGAAUUGUUAACGUUGUUUGGUGGGAGUGUGGAUAGAUAAUAUAUAGAUUUUUGCCA